AAAAAACUAAAUUUUUAGCAUCACUUCCAAAAUCUAGAAAAUGUACCCCGAACAAAUUUUGCGCAUCCCAAGGCAAACGAACGCAAUGCAACUUGGUAUGGUCUUAAACAUGCGUGAAGCAUUCAUUUUGUCGUGAAGCAAGAUCUAUCGUGAGCAACGUGCGCCGAAGAGUCAACGGACAAAAUGACAAAACGACAAAAUUAACAUUGUACUUCAUCCUUUCGAUUCCCACCUCGCACGCUUCUCCAACCCAAAAAUGACACCAGUUUCGAGCAGCAAUGAUUCCCAGGACAGACGAAUGUUUCUGCGACAAAUAUGAGGCGACAACUUUGGUGCAACAUUCAGAUCAAGAUACAAAAGAAUAUGCUAAAAUGCCGGGGGGGUUUUGGUGUUGAUAUAAAUGGAGCUUCAUGUAGCAGCCUCAUUCGUAUCAAGCUUUUCGUGCGAAAAGGACUCAUAUCGUAGAACGAAGUGCGCCGAAAUCAACGGACAAAUGGGCUCAUUGCGCAGAUCGUACAAUAUAAACGUGAAUUUCACCGCAGACGAAAAUGGACUUCGAAUGAUCAACGCCUUCAUUCAAACAAUCAGGAACGAAAUCAACGGAGGACGCCGCGAGCUGCAACAGCAGUUGUACCAACUUUGUCAUCGUAGAGAUCAAAUAAUCCUCAGCCUAAGGGCCACGAAGACUCCAAGAAAUGGAUACAAGAGCUAGCUUAUCAUACAGCAAAACGAAAGCGAGAGGUGAAUUAUUUCGGCUUUUCUUCACCACGACAAUUUACUUCUUUUUUUGAUAGCGUUUCUGAACACAAAUAUUAACUUAAUAAUACUUAAUAAUCGAUGUGUUUAAUUUGUAAUCUUCGAAUAACCAUUAUUAAUGAUCUAUGUAAGCAAUUUGUUUCUAUUUUAAUAUUUUUAGUGGGCAAAAUGUCAAACUCUUGAUCUUUGUAAUCCGAGUUAUAAUUCAAGAAAAAAUCGUCAAAACUUAUUUACGAAGUAAACAUUUAUCGAUUU